CCAACCACGAGACCAAAAGACCAGACGGCUCCCCGCACACAUCGCCCCUUCCUUCCCUCCCUCUUCCUUUCUGUCUGUCUGUCUUCUUCUCCCCGCAAAAUUCACUCUCUUCCUUCCUUCCCUCCCACACUUUCGUGCUUCCAUUCCCCUUUUCAUUCUUCGUCAUCUCCGUCGUCUUCUUUCGCGCGCCCAUUUUCUUCAAGCAGCAGUAGCAGCAAGCCACCCAGUUCCAGUUUCCCCCAGUUCCAGUUCCUGCUUCAGAUUGAAAAUUCCCCACCGGUUUGGAGCUCGGAAGGCAAAGAAUUGAUCAUCCACGAUCUCAAUUGCAGAGGGAGAGCGAAGUGAAGAAGAAGGCAACCCAACCUAUCAAUCAACCAAUCAAUCCACAGUUGGGAGUGUUGAGAAUUCAGAAAACCGGAGAUUUCCUUUCAAGCCCCUCUCACCUGCCCCCUUCUUCUUUAUGUAAUGCAUCAGAAGAAAUCAGAAGUCCAAAUCGGAAAAGAAAGCAGCGGCGUCUCUUCCGAUUUCAACCCUACCCCUCCCCUCCUCUUCCCCCCACCGCCUUCUCCCUCUUCCGCCACCACUGCUACCUCCGAUCACCACCGUCUGUAUCAUCAUUCCUCCACCGCCGCCGCCGCCCUGCCUUCCCCUCCUGCCCAGAUUCUCGUCGAUUUCUCUGAAGAUAUUCAACAGACCCCUAAUGACCCAAUUGCGCCCUCCCCUUCAUCGGCUUCUUCUGCAUCUACCCCUUACAAGCGGACCCUUUUGACCCACCACAACCACCACGCUUCCGCCGGUCUGGCUGGCCCUCCCCCUCCUCUGCCUCGUCGCUCUUCCUCCCUUCCCAAAUCCCCCACCAUCUACCAUUUCUCCUCAUCAUCCUCUCCUCCUCAUCACCCGCUAUUGACUCUCUCAAUCGCUGCCAAAUCCACCGCCCUUCGCUUCCUCCGCCGUUUCCGCCACUUCCGGCGUAUCCGAGUCCAUCUCCGUCUAAUUCUUCUCUUCUCUCUCCCCUUCUUCUACUUCCUCGUUUCCCAUCCUAGCCACUCUUUUUUCCUCGACUUCUUCUCUGCUUUUGCCUUCUCUUCUGUUCUCUUGUUCUCCCUAAAUCUCGCCCUCCCUCGGCUCCCUUCAAUCCGAUUGUUCCUAGCCCGCUCCUUUCCGAUAAAGCUCGCUGCCUCCUCUAAGAUUUCUAAACCCCCGUUGCCUGUGUUGUGGUCGAUUGGGUCCAGACCCAGACCGGAGAAAAGAGGUCAUUCUGGUUGCUGGGUUCAGGUUUACAGCAACGGGGACGUCUACGAGGGAGAAUUCCACAAAGGUAAGUGCUCCGGGAGUGGAGUGUACUAUUAUUACAUGAGCGGGAGGUACGAGGGGGAUUGGGUUGAUGGCAAAUAUGAUGGCUAUGGAGUGGAGACCUGGGCGAGAGGGAGCCGCUACAGAGGCCAAUACAGCCAAGGUCUUCGUCAUGGGUUUGGAGUUUAUAGGUUUUAUACAGGAGAUGUGUACGCUGGGGAAUGGUCUAAUGGCCAAAGCCACGGCUGUGGAGUUCAUACUUGUGAAGAUGGUAGUAGGUAUGUUGGAGAAUUCAAAUGGGGGGUCAAGCAUGGUCUUGGUCACUACCAUUUCAGUAGAAAUGGUGACACGUAUUCUGGAGAAUAUUUCGCGGACAAGAUGCAUGGAUUUGGGUUGUACCGUUUUGCAAAUGGGCAUAGAUAUGAAGGAGCCUGGCAUGAGGGUAGAAGGCAAGGCCUGGGAAUGUAUACAUUCAGGAAUGGGGAGACACAAUCAGGACAUUGGCAGAAUGGAAUUCUUAAUGUCCCAAGCACUCAGAAUAUAACCCCUCCUGUCUCACCUGUUGCUGUUUAUCAUUCUAAAGUACUCAAUGCUGUUCAGGAAGCAAGGCGGGCUGCAGAGAGGGCUUACGAUGUGGGGAAGGUGGAUGAGAGGGUGAAUAAAGGAGUAACAGCAGCUAACAGAGCAGCGAAUGCAGCUAGAGUAGCAGCGGUUAAGGCUGUUCAGAAACAAAUGCAUCAUUCUAACCAUCUUGAGAAUACACUUCCAAUCCCGAUUGUGUGAAUGCAAGUGUUCAGAGGGAGAGACAGCAAAAGGAGCAAGUGGCUUUUUAUAUGCUGAGUUUUUCCAUAUCAUCAUCUAUCUCAUCCUAGAUGCACAAAGAGGAGAGCCACUUUGUGUCAGAUUGGGAAAUGACUGGAGUGCACACCACCACCAUCACCACCACAACGGUGUGCCCACUUGAGCGGAGAACACUGAUAGAGUUUGGAAGAGAUUGACCAGUUCCAUUUUUCUUUUAACCUUUUUGUUUUUGUAUACGAGCAAAGCCUUUGCCCACUUGAGCGAGUGAGUUCUUGAGCCUCUUUCUUGGGGCGUUUUUCUGGUUCUGUAUAGAUGAGUUUUUAGAUAGAAGCAGCUCCUGGAGAGCGAGCGACAAAACGAUUAUAAAAAUUGUGGAGCACAGGUGAAACCUCUGCUCAGCAGACUGCAGACGUGUUUGUAUUCUUAGACAAAGAUACUGGCAAUCAAUUUAAAAGUGUUUGUUCCUCCUACCAAGUCACAGAUGAAGAACAUUUUGCCAGACACGGAUGAGUUCUUCCCCCCCUCAAAUUCCAAGACCUCUCACUCACUCACCAGUCACCACAACGGCCGGAUUGCCCAAUGGUAGGUGAUAAAUCAUCUUGUAGUGGCUCAGAAUUUGAAGCUCAUUCUUAGCCAAAAAUACAAAAUGUUAGCCAAAGUUAUUUGUAAACUUUGUAGUUUUGUUAGUAAUAUUGAAUUGGUAAUAUGAUAUUGACUUGAAAGAG